AUGGGUAACCAGCAGUCCAGUGGUGCUGGAGGAGGGCCCGGUGGUGAUGAUAAGAACAAGAAGGAUAAGAAGGACAAGCCCAAGUACGAGCCCCCACCGCAACCCACCACCCGCAUCGGCAGGAAGAAGAAGAAGGCCGCUGGACCGAGCGCCGCCGCGAAGCUCCCAGCCGUCUACCCCACCGCGCGAUGCAAGCUGAGAUAUCUACGGAUGCAGCGCAUCCAUGACCACUUGUUGCUGGAGGAGGAGUACGUGGAGAACCAGGAGCGUCUGCGAAAGGCGAAGGCAGCGGCGAGCUCUAACCAGCCUGUCAAUGUCAACGCAGAAGGCGAUGACCGGAACGCCGACGAGAGGUCGCGGGUAGACGAUAUGCGAGGCAGUCCUAUGGGUGUCGGCAAUCUGGAGGAGCUCAUUGAUGACGACCACGCCAUCGUUUCCAGUGCGACUGGUCCCGAAUACUACGUUUCCAUCAUGUCAUUCGUUGAUAAGGACCUUCUCGAGCCCGGGGCGAGCAUCCUGCUGCAUCACAAGUCCGUAUCGGUGGUCGGUGUGCUGACCGAGGAUUCGGAUCCGCUUGUCUCGGUCAUGAAGUUGGAUAAGGCACCCACAGAGUCGUACGCCGAUAUCGGUGGUCUGGAGCAGCAGAUCCAGGAAGUCCGCGAGGCGGUAGAGCUUCCAUUACUGCAUCCUGAGCUAUAUGAAGAGAUGGGCAUCAAGCCACCGAAAGGUGUCAUAUUGUACGGUGCGCCAGGAACCGGAAAGACGCUACUGGCCAAGGCUGUCGCCAACCAGACCAGCGCAACGUUCCUGCGAAUCGUGGGCAGUGAGCUGAUUCAGAAGUACCUCGGAGACGGACCCCGGCUUGUACGACAGCUCUUCACAGUUGCAGCAGAGAAUGCGCCCUCGAUCGUCUUCAUUGAUGAAAUUGACGCUAUCGGUACGAAGCGUUACGAAUCAACAUCUGGGGGUGAACGUGAGAUCCAACGUACAAUGUUGGAGCUGCUCAACCAGCUGGACGGUUUUGAUGACCGCGGCGAUGUCAAGGUCAUCAUGGCCACCAACAAGAUCGACACCCUCGACCCAGCCCUCAUUCGACCUGGGCGUAUUGACAGGAAGAUUCUCUUCGAAAACCCUGACCAAUCGACCAAGAAGAAGAUCUUCACUCUACACACAUCCAAGAUGUCUCUUAACGAAGACGUUGAUCUUGACGAGUUCAUCAGCCAAAAGGACGACCUCUCCGGUGCCGACAUCAAGGCCAUCUGCUCGGAAGCCGGUUUAAUGGCGUUGCGUGAGCGGAGAAUGCGCGUCAAUAUGGAGGACUUCCGCACCGCGAGAGAGCGUGUGCUCAAGACGAAGAGCGAGGGUGAGCCGGAAGGCUUGUAUUUGUAG